UCAAUCCAAGCGAAACAAUAUCUGUGAAGCGAAAGUUGACUGUAUGUGAGAGUUCGGAUUUUUCUAGCUUAAUUUGGUUUACGUAAAAAUUAAAUUUCUUACUGCUUUUAAAACGAAAAAUCCUGUGAAGAAAAACAAAGUGUAAAAAAUUAGUCGACGUUUCUUCGCUUUACUAUGUUAAUGACGUGAUGUUGCAAGGUUAAUUUAUUGAAACAACAUUUGAUUAGUUGAUAAUGGAGGUGACACACACCCUUACUCUAAACGAGUCUGCAUUGCAGCAGCUCCCAGACGAUAAGAAGCCACAUUUUAUAUUCGAGUGGCUUCGGUUCCUUGACAAGGUCCUAGUCGCUGCUCAUAAGUCUGACAUUAAGAGUUGUCAACAAAAGCUGGUAGCUCAACUGGUGAACCUUCUCCGUGAAUCUCUCGGGCCUCCAGCACGCCGGCUUCUAGCCAGGUGUCUGGCCACUCUGUUCUCAGUGGGUGAUACGUUUCUGCUUUUUGAUACCGUCAACAAGUGCAAUGAUAUCAUUAAAGUGAAGGAUGACUCGCCAUCGUAUUUGCCGACGAGGCUAGCUGCAAUAUGCUGCUUGGGCAGUAUGUACGAGAAACUGGGUCGGAUGAUGGGCAGAUCUUACGAGGAGACUGUAUCCACUCUGGUGAGGUCUCUGAAGAGUGCGGAGUCUCAGACCAGACUGGAGAUUAUGAAUACCCUCGAAAAGAUCUGCGUAGGAAUGGGUUCCGCUGCGCCGGCGGCUUUGCGCGAAGUGUCGCGAGCGGCGCGCAACUCUCUACUGUCGGACCGCGCGAGCCCGGUCCGAGCCGCCGCUGCGCACGCGCUCAAACAAAUGUUACCGCUGAUGAAGCUCACUGCAGCGGAUUUGGAUGCUAUAGCCGCUGCUUGCUUACGGGCGGCCCAUCCUAGUGAUUAUACGUUGAGAUGUGCCAUCGCAGAGCUACUUGGCGCGUUGAUCGCUGCUACGCAGGCGGGAGAAGUCGACAAUUUACAUACCAAACUCAAAGUUGGUCAGUCUGUUCAACAAAACAAGAAGGACCCUCCAAAGAACGUAGUUUCAUUAGACGAGGCACUUAACCUGCUGAUGGGGGCAUACCUCAGGGGAGGUACAUCAUUCCUCAAAGGAGAGAUUAUCAAGUCCGGUUCUGGGGUCAAUAGAGAAGUGCGCGUUUGUGUUACACAUGCGUACGUAGUAUUCGUACAGAACAUGGGCGGAGUAUGGCUAGAACGCAACAUGACGACAUUCUUGACGCGCGUGUUAGAUCUCGUGGCCAACCCCAAGGCCGCUAGUUCUCACGUCGACGCUGUAUACUCUAGAAAAUGUAUUAACUACAUUCUGCGCAACACACUAGGAAAGAUGUUAGGAGAAAAGGCCCAAGCUUCCGCUUGUAGGGAGAUCAUUCACAUAGUGAUAAAACAGAUGAACAGUAUCGACUUUAAUCCGGAAAACGCUAAGGAUUGUAACCAGGAGACGUUAUUCAGCCAACAUUUGUUGGUCUGCGCGUUGACGGAAGUCGGUGAGUUAGCUAUGCAACUCGGCACGUCUGUACAGAAUCUAGUAUCGGAUACGUCUUUGAAUAUGAUCGACGCCAUUUUUUCGGUGCUGGAGCACCCGUGCGUGGCGGCGCGGCUGGCGGCGGCGCGGUGCGCGCGCGGCGUGGUGCGCGCGCUGCCCGCGCUGGCGGCGCCGCGCCUCGACGCCUGCCUCGACGCGCUGGACGCGCAGGCGCCCACGCCGCACCACAUCUCCGGUUAUUCAGCGGCUUUAGCAGCGAUAUUAGGAGCAGUGAGAUCAUCUCCAUUAGGUGUUCCACACGGCCGAGGGAAGAUAGCUUUCAACGCGGCCGAGCAAUUGCUGAGGUCGGCCGGUCAGAGCAGUAGAUUGACUGCGGCGAGAACUAACGCUGGCUGGUUGAUUGUAGGCGCUAUUUGUACGUUAGGAGUGCCAGUAGUUCGUGGACUAUUACCAAGAAUGCUCCUUCUGUGGAGAAACAGUUUCCCGCGGUCGGCCAAAGAGUUGGAGUCGGAAAAGGCUCGAGGAGAUGCUUUUACCUGGCAGGUAACUUUGGAAGGUCGCGCGGGGGCGUUAUCAGCAUUACACAGUUUGUUGGUCCAUUGUCCGGCUUUGGUUCACAACGAUGAUACCGCGAAGAGAUUGACUCAGCCGAUAGAUGGAGCCAUUGCUGUGUUGACGAACGUCGGCAGCGUAGUAAGAACCUACGGCGGUUCACUGAAAGCUCCGGCGGCGUUACUGAGACUGCGAUUGUUCCAAGCGUGUGCCGCGCUACCGGGCGGGUGCACCGCCGCCGCGCCGCUGCUGCGCCUGCUCGCCGCCGAGAUAGCGGGCAACCCCGACAACACUGUCGCCACUGGUCUACUGAGGUCUUCCAUGCACCCUCGAGAUACGAUCUUGCUGGCCGAAGCAGGCUGGAUCUACGAUACGGAUCAUGCUGAAAUUGAGGAGCAGCUCAUAUCUCCUCUAAGUGCGAGUGGGUCAGGAGCAUUAGAGCACGAUCCUUGCUGUGUGUACCGCGCCGGGAGUAAUGGCGCUUCCAACUGUGAUUCCCAGCCUUUGGGAGUGGCCGUUAUAGACGCGUCUGUAGCAUUGUUCCCGCUUAUAUUCUCUAGAGCUGCUAAUAAACAUAGACAACAAAUGUUAGAACAUUUCGUGGAAUGCAUCAAAAUGUCCAAAGGUCCUCGACAAGAGGCAAUUCAAGUGAAUGUGUACACCGCCUUACUGCUCGCAUUGAGGUCAUUGGCUGAAAUGAAGAGCUCUUUAGGACAAGAUACGGUGAAAAAUAUCGCCACGGAACUAAUUAUUAACGGUCUAUCAGCAAACAGCGCAACAGUUCGCGCUGCAGCCGCCUCAUGCGCCGGUCGCCUGUGCGGUUGUAUCACUGAAGCGGAGAGUCAGGCUUUAAGCGAACGAGUCAUCGCUUUAGCGAGAACAGCGGCGAAUAGAAGUGUGCGUGCAGCCGCUGCAGCCGCUGUAGGGACCGUGCAGCGGGCGAGGGGGGCCGCGUCGAGCGCUGCAGCGCUGCCUGUGUUGAGGGCGUUAGCGCAAGAUUCCGCGUCUGUGGAGCUUCAAGUGUGGUCUCUCCACGCGUUAUCAGUGCUAGCGGACGCCUCAGGCCCCAUGUUCCGAAGCCACGUGGAGUCCACCCUGAACCUGUCUCUGAAGCUGCUGUUCACGGCGCCGCCCUUCCAGGAGGAGCUGCACAGGAGCAUCGGCAGGCUGCUGUCCGCCUUGAUCACCUGUGUGGGCCCUGAGCUGCAAGCGGGCGCGGUGGCGCGGUUCGCGAGCGCGAGCGCGGCGCUGCGCGGCGGCGCGCGCGCGGACGCGGCGGGCUGCGUGCAGCAGCUGCAGAUGUUCGCGCCGCGCCACGCCAGCCUGCCCGCGCUCGUGCCGCCGCUCUGUCGUGAUUUGUCCCACCCCGAGUUGGCCGUGCGCAGGGCGUCGUUGUGUUGUCUGCGGCAGCUGUCUCAGAAGGAGGCCGCUGAGGUCUGCAAGUACGCUUUGCUGGCGCAAGGCCAUGUUCCUGCGAAGCCUUACUGUGGUGUAGUGAUAACCGAUAGCGGUCUCCCCGGGGCUCUGUUCGCGCUACUCGACAUUGAACGUGACCCACUAUUGCUAUCAUACGCCCGCGACACGUUAACAUGCUGCCUACUCGCGGCGGCCUCGUCGGCUAAACUGAAAGAAUGGCUGUCACUAUUGAAACGAGUGCUGACAAUAAGACUUGAGGAUAGUAAUAAUCCAGAGACGGAUGAAAACGAAGGUGAUGACGAUCAGGCGGAGUUCCACGCGCAAACGGAACAGUCCACGCACCCCGCUGUGCAAGCUCGAUGGCCUACGAGGGUGUUUGCAAUGGAGUGCAUUCAGAAAAUUAUGAGCGCUUGCGAGGCGACCGGCGACCCGGCACAUUUUGAUCUCGUCAAAGCGAAGGAGAAACUGCAGAUAGAUCCGAAUGCGGACUACCUGUCAGUAUACCUGUCAGACUUAGUCCGCAUGGCGUUCGUGGCGGCGACGGGCGAGUCGGACGCGCUGCGGCUGUGCGGGCUGCGCUCGCUGCAGCAGCUCGUGCGCGUGUUCGCGCGCGCGCCCGAGCCGGACUUCCCGGGGCACCUGCUGCUGGAGCAGUACCAGGCGCAGGUGGGGGCGGCCGUCCGGCCGGCGUUCUCCGGAGACACGGCGUCGCACGUGACGGCGGCGGCGUGCGACGUGUGCUCGGCCUGGAUCGGUUGCGGGGUCGCCAGGCACAUGACCGACCUCCGCCGGGUUCACCAAUUGCUCGUGACCAGUUUAGACAAGUUAAACACCAAGGGCAACACCACGCUAAUUUACAACGAGAGUAUGGCAACACUAGAGAAGCUGUCUAUUUUGAAAGCAUGGGCUGAGGUGUACAUAGUAGCGAUGGUAAGCAACGGCAGUGCGCCAGGAAGUUACGUCAAGCAGCUAGACACGAAGCCGGUCAACAACCGCGCUGAGUUGGCCAAAUGGCGGAACGCGAUCUUGCAAAACUCUAACCAUAUAGAUAAUAAUCAAGAGAGCGAGGGAGACAGCGAAUACGGCGAGUUCGAGUCGAAGGGAGAGAGCUUGUUGAAACUCGUGGAGCCGGAACUGGAGAAUUUGGGCGAAAACUGGAUAGCUGCUCUGAAGGAUCAUGCUCUGCUAAGUUUACCGCCAGAAUUCUCAUCGCAACUGCCGCACGGCGGCGGCGCGUUCUACUCUGCGGAGACGGCGGAAGCGUCUCGUGCGCACUACGCGCGCGCCUGGCCCGCGCUGCUGGCCGCCGCGGCGCUGCGCUACAGCGCGGCCGCGGGCGGCGCUGGCGCUGAUAAAACUGAAACUAAUGUCGACAAUAAGUCGUCGAAGACUGAAAAUGGAAACUGUGAAUUCUUUGAACCUGUCGACGAAAGAUUUCAUUUAUUAUUCGGUAUAUGCAUGGAAGCCCUUUGCGCCCAGCGGGAUAUGAGUGUAGAGAAUACGAUUACUGUAUUGAUGGCUCUCGUGACCCUACUGGAUGCGCCUGAGAACAGAGCUAGGUUGAUGAAAGACAGAUCAUUAGCAAUCGAACUAUGCCAGAUUAUUCAUCGCACCGGGCUAACUCAGGAAAGCAUUGAAGCUCUGCUUCUAGCCGCCGACGUGUUGAGACUCAUCAUAGAUGGCGCUAGGGAGCAACUGCAUGCCAAUAUGCAGGCUAAGAUCAAAGAACUAGCGCCCACCGAAGCCGAAGACAACACCACAGUUCCCCAGUCAGUCCUCGAAGUCGUCCACACUCUAGGAGAAGGCGGCCCCACCGGAGACCUUCCCCCGGGGAAGUCUCUAGUGUUCGCGGCGUUAGAGCUGUCUGUCUGUCUGUUGGUACGGCGAUUACCGCAACUGAAGCCUAUGAAGGCGCCUGGAGUAAUUGGAGCGAGGAGUUUUGCUCAUCAUGGAGACACGUUGCUGAUAAAGGCACUGUCUGCUAUGGGAGAGCUGCCUUCUCUCACUAGUCCUCAUGGAGCUUUAUCAUUACUCCCAACACUACUAUUCCUAUCAACGGAGAUCCUGCGGGAGAGCAAAGGCGACGGUCUUGUCGCCGAGGCGGGACUGUUGUUGCUGCAACAAGCUGUCGAGUGUCGGUCUGUGCGAGUGCUGGAAGAUACUAGCGCGCAACACGCCAACUUGUUGCAAGCCACGCUCGCUAAGCUAGUGGAGAGAGUGAAAAGUGAUGAACCCGAUCAGCGUAUAGAAGCGAUAGUGGGCGCGCGAGCGAUGGCGUCAGUGCUGAGUGUGGCGUCGCCCGCCGCCACACUACACUACCCGUGCAUCAACCACUUCCGGCAGUGCCUCGACACGACUGACGAUGAGGUGUUCGCGACAUGCUGCUCGGUUGUGCGUCAAGUGUGGCGCCGCGGCGCGCCCCCGCCGCUGGUGUCGGGCUGCGCGCGCGCGCUGGCCGCGAGACUUGUGGCACGCGCCGCGGCCGCAAGUUGCGCCAGAGACAUGUCGCACGCCAGAGCCGCCAUCGCUGCGUUGACUGCGUUGGACGACUUGGUUGAUGCUGCGCCUGAUGAUGCUCGUAUCCAACUGCUAUGGCUGUUGGUGCCCAUAGUGAUCUCGUACCUGCGCCCGAACGAGCCGCAGCGCGCGGCGCCGCACGUGCGCGCGCUGCACGAGUUCGCGCUGCACUGGCUCACUAGAGUCGGGCCCAAGCACCCGCAGGAAUUCAAAACAAUGAUGCAACAAUCAUCGGAGCUGCGCAACAAGCUGGAGAGCGCCGUCAAAGCGAGCCAGGCGAGCGCGCGGGCGGCGCGGCGAGCGCCACAGCGGCCCGCCUUCGAAGCCAAGCCCGCCAAACCCACUAUACAAUUGAAGACCGACUUCAGCGACUUUAGAUAAACACUUCACACCACUCUGGAGCGAUGCCCAGGGGCGCGGCAAAAUGGCAGAUGUCUGAAGUAUUUCUCGCAAAAUCCAAUAUAUAAACUGAAAGCGGAUUUAAGCGAAUGACUUGAAAACUAUAGAUUAAGACUUUUUACUUAUGUUUGUAAGUAUAAAUCAUUGAAUUUUAUGUACAAUGAAAGUGAACAUUUACAUGUAUAAACAAAAAAAGUCAAAUGCUACAAGAACUAUUUUGAUUUUGACAAAAAGAAAAAUUUGACUGUCAGAAAUUACAGAAAAAUGCAGUUAAUAUACUAUAUUAUUUAGGAAAUUAAAUCUUGUCUGUAAUGGAAUACAAGUCACGACAGACAACUAUGAGUUUUAACUGGAGUUUAGUCAUGGUUAGAAUCAUAUUUAGUUUAACGUAAAAUAGAGUUUAUUUAUAUUCUGGUGAUUAACCAAAAAAUGUAAUAAUAUAACUAUGAUUAAAAACUAAUAUGAUAAUUUUCAUCAUACAAUAACGAAAUAUGUAUAAAAGUAAAAUUAAAAUUUUAUAGCACAUAUAUGGUAUAUUUUAUGAAUUUCUGGUUACUAAAGAGACUAUAACAAAAAGAGAGUAUAUUUAUAACGUACAGUAAAGUGAAUAGUUAUGAUUUGUAUUGAACAGUAUACGUGGUUUUACUAAUUAAGAUUAAAUGAGGUCGAUUUUUUUAUUUUAUAUUAGUGAAGAAGUUUAAGAAAAAUAUAUUUAAAUUACGUGUGUAUGCAUUUUUUGAAGCUUUUAGUUAUUAUUUGGAAUUAUAGCUAGACAUAACACUGCCUAAUGCUUCCAAGUAAGUGACAAAUUAAUUCCAAAGUUUUAUUCUUCAUUAAGUAUAAAAAAUCCAGUUAUUUUCCAGUAAACGAGGCAUACAAAAUUGUGACACAAUUUGUAUGGAACCUUAACCAUUCUAUAAUUUAUUUUAACAUGACUGCGCUGCAAGCGAUUAGAAAUUCGUUAUUUUCAUAUGACUAUUUCGCAUUAUGAUCUCAACAACUUGAUUUAAUAAGCGUUUACGUAUUUUUUUUCAAUCAAUUUAUUUGAUAAAAUCGGAACUGUAUUUCUAUUGCUUUCAUUCAUCGGAAUAUUAUUUUUUAAGAUUAAGUUUUAACUCUUAUUUACCCAUAAGU